AUGUAUUCUGCCACGACCGAGACGACGACGGGCGGCAGGGGACCCCCGUGAUGAUGCUUCGUCUCCCGUCCCCCGGAGCCAGCCCGUCCUUCUCCACCCUCCCCCUCCGGCCUCCCGCUGCCUAUAUAUUGCCGCCCCUACGAGCCAUGGCCCCCUCAUGCAGAAGCGCGCCUCCAACUCGUCAACAAGAUCCUCCCUGCUUCUCAUCCAGCUUCCAGUAGUCGGUCGCCUCUGCCGCGAGUACGACUAGCAGUAGCGAUUCUUGUGGCGACGGCAGCGGCGGCCAUGGACCCGUGGAUCGGCGGGCAGCCUUCCCUGAGCCUGGACCUCAACGUCGGCCUGCCCACGGGACGGCCGGUGGCGGCGCCGGCGGCCAAGGUCCUCGUGGAGGAGAACUUCCUGGCCGUCAAGAAAGAGCGAGAGCAGGUGGAGGCGCUGGAGGCGGAGCUCCGGCGAGUGGGCGAGGAGAACAGGCGGCUCAGCGAGAUGCUGCGGGCGGUGGUGGCCAAGUACACCGAGCUGCAGGGCCAGGUCAACGACAUGGUGGCCGCCGGCAACAACCGCCAGUCCUCCACGUCGGAGGGUGGCUCGGCCGCCUCGCCGUCCAGGAAGCGCAUCCGGAGCGACAGCCUCGACACCGGCCACCACCGCAAGCCGUCGCCGCCGUUCGCCAUCCCGGUCCACGACCAGAUGGAGUGCUCGUCGGCCGCCGCGGCCGUCUUCCACGAGCCCGGCAGGCGCAUCCGGGAGGAGUGCAAGCCCAAGGUGUCCCGCCGAUACGUCCACGCCGACCCCGCCGACCUCAGCCUCGUGGUGAAAGAUGGGUACCAAUGGCGGAAGUACGGGCAGAAGGUGACCAAGGACAACCCGUGCCCGCGCGCCUACUUCCGGUGCUCCUUCGCGCCGGCGUGCCCGGUGAAGAAGAAGGUGCAGCGCAGCGCGGAGGACAAGACCAUCCUGGUGGCCACGUACGAGGGCGAGCACAACCACGGGCAGCAGCCGCAGCACGACGGCAAGGGCUCGAAGCCGGCCGCGGCGAGCGAGGCGGUCCGGCCGGCGCCACUACCUCUGCAGCAGCAGAAGCAGCAGCAGCAGCAGCAGCAGAGGCAGAGGCAUGAGGCCGCUGCGGCGGCGGCGGCGGUGGGGCCGUCGGAGGUUGUGACGAAGAACCUGGCGGAGCACAUGGCGGCCACGCUGACGAGGGACCCCGGGUUCAAGGCGGCGCUCGCCAGCGCGCUCUCCGGCCGGAUUCUCGAGCUCUCGCCGACCAGGGAUUGAUUAUUAGGACCUGAACCAUGAAGAAUUAGUCCGUAGAUAGCGAUUUGAUUCAGAUUCAAACGAUUAUAGCCGCAAUAGUUCAAAAAAAAAAGUUUCACGAGGCAAAGUAAAUUCGAGUCGCUGUUUUUGAUUGCUUCUGCAUGCAUCCUUGAGUGGUGCGCCGGCCGCCAUUGCGAUUGCUCUAGGUCAAGCUUGUGCUCCGUUCAAGCUCUGGAGAGUGCAGACGAAGCGUGGAUUAGCUGUAUUGGCAUGCCGCCCGGCACUCGGAUUUGGAAGCAAGCUCGCUAAUGGAAGGAGCAAAGAAAUUACAGUUCUCGAUCAAGUUCUUGAAGAGACCAUGAUCGUGUUUGUACGGCGCGGUAUGUCGGAUAUCAUUGCAUGCUGCUGUGUAAUCGACCAAGGAUUUUUGUUUUUUUGAAAAAUAGCAGGAUUCAAGUUCGUCAAA